AUGCCGGCUGCUCUAGGUAGCUUUAAUCGCCCGAUGAUCGACCGAUCCUCGCCUGCGGCCGUACGCACUACCGAGAAAUAUCUCUGGACCGGCACCCCCAACGCCUCCACCAGUUCCCUGCCGCCUUUGCCGAGCAGACUGACACUUGCACCGGUGUCCAAUAGACCCGUCAGCUGCUGGCCUAAAAUGGUUAUCCCGGCGAAGGGCCUGGGAUCGGAGAUGCCGCCCCGCUGCACUGCUGCGACGACUUCUCUUCGCUUUUCCCUACGCUUUCGAAACCGCUCUCUGGCCUUCCGAACCGUUCGGGAUACCUGGCGCAUUCCGCACAGCUGGUGUUGUUUAAAAAUUCUAUUUCUAGCUUCCAAAUACCUUCGCAUGCGCUCCUCAUAUGGCUCCCCUACAUCGCGGGUUUCCGUCCUGGGCGAGUUCCUCCCGCUCUCGCAUCGCCCAGCCGACCGUUUCCCGCGCAAUUCGGACAUUUUGGGGCAACAGUAUCGGCCUUUCCACAUCGGAAACAGAACACUUUUCGCAGCUCCUGCUCGCAAUCGCGGAAUCCAUGGUCUAACGCUCCGCAGUUCCAGCAUCCGGCGCGGAUCGGAUUUCCGCGUCGCUGGAAGGAGUGGUGUGCGGCUCCUGCGUCCAAAACUGCGCUCGACCUCGACGGCCUCCUGCCGCAACUCAUCAACGGCGAGAAGCAAGGGUCUGCAUGGCGUGCAGGUAAUCGUCUACGCCCUCUCCUGGCUGCUGCUCCAGUUGCAAGAGCAGGUGCAUCCGCUGGUGCUCCGUCUCGUGGCUCUGAAACCUGUCAAGCAGCGCUCGACGCAACUGGCUCCAAUGGUCCAGUCUAUGCUGCUGGACGUGGAUCCAAUACCACUCCAACGCCCGUCCCGAUAG